UGGCCAUGGCACGCCGUACUCGAAAAUGGGGUGGGUCGGUUCCAAUGCAUCGUGUCAUUUUGAGGGAUAGGGAAGCAGCGUGGGCCGAGCUUCACAAGCGUUAUUUCGCAGAACAUCCAAUGUUCGAUGAUGCCACAUUCCGGCGCCGGUUUCGGAUGAAGAGAAGCUUAUUCAAUAGGAUAUAUGAGAAGCUUGCCGCUAAGAACGAAUAUUUCCAGCAGAGACCGGAUGGCAUUCGACGCUUGGGUUUUCAUGGCAAGCAUAAGUGCGUCGUGGCUAUGCGAAUGCUUGCCUAUGGCACUAUAGCCGACUCCCUUGAUGAUGGGUAUGCCAUGGCAGAGAGUACCGUGUUGGAAUGUGUUAAGGAGUUUGCUAGCACGGUCAUUGCUGAGUUUGAAGAUGAUUACCUGCGACCACCUAACCAGGCUGAGCUGAAUCAAUUCUUUGUGAAUGGAAAUAAGUAUGACAUGGCUUAUUAUCUAGCUGAUAAGAUAUAUCCUGAUUGGGCGACGUUUGUUAAAACUAAGAGUGACCCUAUGAAUCCCAAGGACAGUACAUUUGCUGAAGCUCAAGAAGCUGCAAGAAAGGAUGUGGAGCGCUGUUUCGGUGUUCUUCGGUCCAAGUUUCGGAUUAUUCAGCAAGCAGGCAGACUGUGGAGUCCUCAGGAUAUGAAUACUAUAAUGCGGGCAUGUAUCAUUCUUCACAACAUGGUUAUAGAGUCGGAGAGAGACAUGGAGACAGAUGAGAACGAGUUUCGUGAGGCCAAUGACCCACCAAUGGUCAGGGACAGAACAGUUGCCGAACUCAAUGACUUCAUGGCUGCAUACUAUAAGAUCUAG